GAUAAUAAAGUUACCAGCGCUGCCAACUGCUAUGUUUCUCUCUUUCUACUACGUCGAUCACCCGACAUCUCUUUCUAUUUCAAGCCGUUAACGGAUAACUUGCUUGAGAUUUGUUGUAAUACAAAAUGGCCAAGUCAAAGAAUCACACAGCGCAUAACCAGAACCGCAAGGAUCACAGGAAUGGCAUCAAGAAGCCAAAGAUCCCCAGGCAUGAAGCCACUUUGGGUAUGGAUGCCAAAUUCUUGAAGAACCAGAAGUUCUCCAAGAAGCACAACCUGAAGCCUGCAGCACAAUUGAAGGUCGCGGCUGAGAGGAAGGCCAAGCGCGAGUCUAAAUCCAAGAAAUAGACUCCCAAUUUAAAACUAAAUAAAACUUAUUUUUAAGUUAACUAAACAA